GGCGGGAGGAGGAGACCCAAACGGGCUCAGCUCAUCCUUGGUCCCCGCGCCAGCACAGCGUUCUGCCGCUGAGGGAGCAGGGCGCUUCUACCGCUUCCAUCCGAGCAGGAAGGACGGAAGGGGAAGUCAGAGAGAAAGGGAGCAGGCUGCCACAAUAAAGUCUGUGCUCUGCUCUGCUGGCCUCUAUGGAAUGUUCCCAGAGACGAUGUGAGAAGGCCAGCAAUUUUCUGUGCUUCUGAAAACUGGGCUACCCUGACAGAAACAUCACAGACUCGGGGAGAAACAGCAGAAAGUUAUUUCUUGCAAUCCUGGAGUCCAAGACCAGGAACCACUAGGACUGGUGUCUGAAGCGGCGGCAGUGCAUCUUCCUGUCCUGCGGCUUUCUCACUGUGUGCUCACUUGCCCUUCCCUCUGUGCAUGUUCACAGACAAAGAGAGCCCUGCAGCAUCUCCUCUCCUAAUCAGGACAUCAACCCUACAGGUAGGGCCCUACCCUAUGACCUCAGUCAACCUUAGUUAUCUACCCAAUGAACCUCUCUUCAAAUAGAGUCAGACUGGGGUUUAGGGCUUUAAAGUAUGGCUAUGAGGUUAAAAGAGUACGAAUUAAUAGUUAAGUAACUAGAAAAACAAUGUUGGAGUGGGUAAGAACAUCAUGGAAGAGAUAAGAAAAACAAAACUUUAAAAAAUAGAAUCAGGGGGGGCCGAGGCUGACGCUCCGGAGGAGGAGGAGGGGGAGGCGCGGGCGGCCAUGGCGGCCGUGGUAUCAGCUGCGGGUGGAGCGUGCCCCGCGGUCCUGCAGGUGGCCGGCCUCUACCGGGGGCUGUGUGCAGUGCGCAGCCGCGCCCUGGGGUUGGGGUUCGUGUCACCAGCACAGCUACGCGUGUUCCCGGUACGCCGGGGCUCCGGCCUGCCCUCGGGGGGAGCAGACGGUAGCGGGGUCAGCGAGCUGGAAGCGAACCCCUUCUACGACCGCUACCGGGACAAGAUCCAGCAGCUGCGCAGGUCUGACCCAGCUGCCUUUGAGUCCCGCCUGGAGAAGCGCAGUGAGUUUCGGAAGCAACCAGUGGGGCACUCCAAACAAAGUGAUUUUAUCAAAUGUGUGGAGCAGAAGACAGAUGCCUCAGGGAAACAGCCUGUGAGCAAAGGAUUCACUAAGGACAAGACUCUCAGUUCAAUCUUUAACGUUGAGAUGGUGAAAGACAAAACUGCAGAGGAAAUAAAACAGAUUUGGCAGCAGUAUUUUUCAGCGAAAGACACAGUCUACGCAGUUAUUCCUAAAGAGAAGUUUGAUUUGAUCUGGAACCGGGCUCAGUCCUGCCCAACUUUUCUUUGUGCACUACCAAGAAGAGAUGGUUAUGAGUUCUUUGUAGGACAAUGGACAGGUACUGAACUCCACUUCACUGCACUUAUAAAUAUUCAG